GUCGUUGUAGUAUAGUGGUAAGUAUUCCCGCCUGUCACGCGGGUGACCCGGGUUCGAUCCCCGGCAACGGCGUCGUUUUUACUUUCCCCAUUUUUCACUGUCGCUUUUCUUACUGCCCUUCUCUUUGCAGUUUGCAGUCAGAUCUUAAACCUUGCUGAAAAGCGCGCCAUUAUCAUAUUUCCCAGCUGUUUCUGCUGCUUCUAGGGUUUUAGUUUAAUCGAUGGAUGCAAAGGAGUAGCAAGCACAGUUCAAUAGAAGGCUUCUUGAUUCUGCUGAAAAGCGCGCCAUUAUCAUAUUUCCCAGCUGUUUCUGCUGCUUCUAGGGUUUUAGUUUAAUCGAUGGAUGCAAAGGAGUAGCAAGCACAGUUCAAUAGAAGGCUUCUUGAUUCUUCUUCGUAUUUUUUUUUCUUCUACUUAUAUUUGAAUUACGGGAGGAUAGACCUUCUUCCACUGCUCAGCCAUGGAAACGGAUGCUUCUGACUCUGAGCACGUAGUUCCGUUCCAGCUUCAGUUCGACAAGCCCAUCGCUUCUCAGGUGAAAAUAGCGGAAUGGAACCCGGAGAAGGAUCUACUUGCAAUGGUGACUGAGGACUCGAAAAUCAUGCUCCAUCGAUUCAAUUGGCAGCGGCUAUGGACGAUUUCACCAGGCAAAUCCAUUACGUCUUUAUGUUGGCGUCCGGAUGGUAAAGCGAUAGCUGUUGGGCUCGAAGAUGGAACCAUUUCAUUGCAUGAUGUAGAGAGUGGGAAACUGUUGAGAAGCUUGAAGUCUCAUACGGCCCCGGUCGUCUGCCUUAACUGGGAAGAGGACAGUGAACUGAACAACACUGAGAAUUCAUUGGUGUUUGAAGAUCGUACUCCCCGUUUCUUCCCUCCUGCUCCAAGAGUCCCACGGACGCCUGGUGUCGUGACAAGUGAAGCCAGUUUCAUGGAGGAUAAUGAAGAUUCAUACCGGCAACUUUCCAAUUCGUCGUACCAACGCUUUAAUAUUCUGUGCAGUGGAGACAAAGACGGGAGCAUUUGUUUUAGUAUAUUUGGAAUAUUUCCGAUAGGAAAAGUUAAUGUACACAAAUUUUCUGUACCUGUACCAAACAGUGAUAAAACUCAGCACCUUCUUAAUGCUUCCAUAUACAAGGUUGCAUUGUCAAAGGACCUUUGUCAGUUGAUUGUCCUUUUCUCUGGCGACCUCAUUGAAAGUACAGCUGCCGCUUUAGAAGCAGAUAAAGUAGCUGGUUGUGGCAUGCAUGGCUUAGUGCUAGAUACUUCUGUAUUUGGGAAGAGGAAGAAUGAGCUCCAUCAAUUAGCCCAACAAGCUUCUAACAUUGAGGACUUGACAGAGGUUAUCCGGGCGUCCUUGUCAGUGAUGAGUAAACAAUGGACAGAUGCCGUUCAGUCAUUCAGCCAGAAGUUUGUUUCUCUAGAUACUUUGAUUACUGAUCAUGCACUGGAUUCCUCUCCCCAGGAAGAGUUUCUGAGCCUUUUAGGCGGUGCUCGUACUAGUCCAGCAGUUCAUCAAUUUCUAGUAAACACUCUUGGAGAAGCGGGUGUCAAACGUGUGUCAAAGUUAGUCUGUGGUGCUGGAAAAGAACUUCAACGUGUAGUCCAUGACCAUCUUCAGCCUGCUGCAGAAAUAAUUGCAUUUAGGAUGGGAGAACUGAGAGGCCUUUCAAGAUGGCGUUCACGCUUCCAGGUUAUUGGCUUGGAUGAGACACUUGUUGCUCACGCAACAGAAAAGUCAGGCAUGAUGUUGGUACAAGUUGAACGAUUCAUGAGGGUGCUCACUUCUGUGGAGCAGCAGUUUUCCAAUUUCUUCAACUGGCUUCUCAAAUGUAUAAAGCUGUUGAUGCAAGAACCCAGUGAUCAACUUCUUCCAUAUAAUAGUGAACUUGUUGUCAUAUUCCUGAAGUUCCUAUAUAAUCAAGACCCAGUUAGAAAGUUGCUGGAUCCCUCUGAAGUUGAUCACCCAGUUGAAGCUGACUUGGAAACAAUGCAAAGAGUCCAAGACUUAGUUCAGUUUGGGGGAUUUUCGGACACCGAAUAUCUUCGCAGGACAUUAGCAAAAGAAUUCCAACAAAUGGAGUCUAGUUUCAAGGAGGCUUUUUUGAUGCCAUUUACCACAAUCUCAAGGAAGAUACAUGUUGUGGAUUUGCUGCCUCUCUUUCCUCUUCCAUCUUUACCACUAAACGGAUCUGCCAUGAUUCCCUUGUCAAUAUCAUAUUAUGAGGAUGAUUCUGAAGCAAAUGAGAACAACUUCAAUGAUUACAUAUGCUUUCAAGUCCCCACUGAGUCCCUUUCCGAUGACGGAAACUAUAUAGGCAUAGUACGAGGGUUUAUGCAUGACCAGAGGAAUCUUAAAAGAGGUUAUUCGACAUUGGAAGCUGUUCUGCUGUCUAUGCCAGCAGGUUACAACUGUGCUGAUCUGUCAUUAUACAAGGACACUCAAGUUGUUUUGCUACUGAACGGGACGACAAACACCCCUGAAACCCCGGGAGAUGCCUGUAUGAUGAUCGUUCAAGCUAAUGAGCUCCCAUUUGUACCUGUUUCGCAAUCCAGAGACCUAAGCUUAUGGAAAAUGCAUCACGUACAGGAUUCCUCUGUGUGCCUGGAGACGGAGAACGAGAAGGUUCGAUCCAUCCCUUACUCUGUAGUCGCUCCUUUGGCAGUCAGUGCGACAAGGGGAGUUGCUUGUGUUUUUGCUGCAAGAAGGCGUGCAUUGGUUUACAUCCUCGAAGAAGAUGAAGACGAAGUUCUUGAGACCGAAGCUUGAUUCGAUUCUCUUUGUUGCUUUUUUUUUUCUUCUUCCGUCGCCGAAAUGUUGCCAUUAGAUAUCUCCCUUUGCCAGGACUUCCAUGUUUGUGUAGGGUUUAUUUCUUUUCGAAUGAAUCGGUGACAAAAUUGAUAAUGAAAACCUCUCUCUCUCUUUUUUUUUUUUUUACAAGUUAAAAUGCAAACUCCAUAUUUUUAACACACAUUUUGUUGUUUUUCUUUAACACAUAUUUUGCUUGCUCUUUACUUCACUCGAGAUAUAAAGCAAACGGAUAAAAAAGGCACAUAACCACACAGACAUCAAUAUUCCCACAUCACAAGUGGAGCUCAUGGCGUUUGCAUAACCAACUAUUCAGUUAUCAAAAUCAGUUUCUUAGUAAACAAGUCAAAACAAUACCGGAAGAAGUCAUCUCAGACCUUUGAAGCUGCCUCCGAAGGGAAGACUUAUCACUUCCAGCUCGGAAGUUUCGCUUUCCUUUUAUCCCUUUUGGUCUGUGGCUUUGCUCGGGUCUUGCGCUUGGAGGAUCGCUUGAAUGAUGGUUUUUUACUCACGGGUAGCUUCUGGUUCUUCUUCUUAAUAAUGAUUGGUUUUGCAAUGGCUGAUGGCGUUGUCUCGUUUGGUCCAGAGUCGUCAUCUUCUCUGGAGAUCUCACUAGUCGUUACUGUUACCUUCAAGUCCCCGUGGUCAUACAUUGUCGUCCCUUAAGCCAAAAAGGAGAGAAACACAGAUUCAGACAGUGGAGUAUUAGACUGACCGUGAAUGUCAGAAUUGGACCAUAACUAGUAGACUAGACAUAAUGCAGCUCAUUACGUCAUUUGCCAAGAGAGGUAUAAACAUAAGACCAAUAAACAUCCCAUCGAUGGGAUGUAAGAACCCUAUGAACCCAAUCAAAAUCGUUACACGACUGACGACUAAUUCGAGCAUGAAAAUCCUAACAGCCAAAUCGAAAUGGUUAUCCAACAGAAUACUCAUCUAAGCAUAAAAACCUAAGAACCCACAAAAUGGUUGCUCUUUUAUUUCCAUUUUCAUCUAAGCAUAACAAACAGCUUUUUUUGUUGAGGUUUCUGUUUGAUAAUAGCAGCUUCAUCAUUGAUCAAAACUAAAAGUAACCCUAUAACCAAAGUACCAAACAGUUACUAUCAAGCUACUGGCACCGUUACCACUCUUAAAAAGCAUCCUCAAAGGCACAACGUGAAGAUCCAAAUAGACAUAAAACUCGACUAAAUUCGAUAAUAGUUAUACGUUAAAGAGACAUACCGCUGACUGAAGCAACAGGCUCACUUUCUUCCGCGCCCUCAUCAUCCUCCUCGAUCACUUCAUCCACUGGGGGAGCUCCUUCGUCCAUAUGAAAUUCAUCUUCCAACCUCCUCUGGAUACAAGUACAUGAACAGUUAUAGAAUAACAUUUGACAGACACC